AAUAAUUACCGUUCUCUGCGGGUUGGCAUGUGUAUGCAUGUGAAUAUGACAGAGACUUCCUCCACACCUCAAGGGGAUUCAGGCUCCCUACAGGCAUCAGCGCAGCAGCUAAACCGGUCCUGCGAGUCGUGCCGAAGCCUUAAAGUCCGCUGUCUCCCGAGCCCAGCCACGCCGAAUCAGUGCCAGCGAUGCGCUAAGGGUAAACGGUCGUGUAUCUUCGUGGCGCCGCAGAGACGUCGGCCCCGCAAGCGGACGGACUCGCGGGUCGCGCAGCUGGAGAAGGAGAUGCGGGUGAUGCGUUCGUUGUUGAAGAACCGCAUCCCCGAAGAAGACGAGCCGGACUUUGACGAUGAGAGCGAACGGGACGAUCAGGAUCAUGAUUCCACUGAUGUGGACGUCAAGCCCAGCGUUGGCUUGCGGGAGCAUUCGGCUCCCUCGUCUGAUGAUGUCCGCUAUGUGGAUUAUUCCCCUGAACUGCUGAAUACCACGAAUUCCGGUGCGCCCGACGGCGGGACAUUUCCAGCGCCGUCGGCAUUCGCAGCUGAGAAGGAAAAUCCCCCGGCGCCGGACGUGAUUGAUCGGGGGAUUAUCUCGCUCGAAGAUGCAGAGCAGCUGGUCGCGUAUUACAUCCAUGAAUUGGUGUCUUUAUUUCCGUUGGUUGUCCUGCCCUCAAACACCACGGCAGCGCAAUUGCGACAGACAAAACCAGUACUCUUCCUCUCUGUGAUCGCUGCCACAGCCAUAUGCGUCGAUGCAGGAGUGGCAGCCGUGCUUAACCGAGAGAUGGUCCGUCUGUACGCGGAACGGUUCUUCAUCGAAGGCGAGAAGUCACUAGAGUUAGUACAAGCGUUGCUGCUCAUGAUCAUAUUUUAUCUCCCUCCCGCUUCACCAUUGAAGCUGCAACUUUAUCAGUACACACAUAUCGCCUCGACAAUGGCGCUGGAGAUCGGGUUAGCCAACAAACGCCGUGUCUCGAAUAAAUCCGACCGGAAGGGCAACAAGCAAGAUCCAUACGAUAUGCUAUUCGCCGAGCAGGCGAGAGCAGUUCUUGGUUGCUACCACCUUGGCUCGAGUGUGGCGAUGAAAACCCGUCGACCAAAUUUGCUGCAGUUCAAUGACUGGACGGCAGAGUGUGUCAAACACCUAGAACGCUCGCCACACCGAACAGAUCAGCGUCUGGCGAUCUGGUUCGAGCUCCAGCGGAUAACCGAUGAAGCAAUGUCUUCAUUUGGUCUGGAUGAUAUCAGCACCGGCUCACCUCUAACCGAGUCACGCGUGCAAGCCGUGUUGCGUUGGUUCGACAAGCGGAUCGAGACAUGGCGGAAGAACAUCCCGUCAGAAAUGCUGACCGUUUCCAUGAUUCUCGAAUACCGCUUCACGACACUAGCCAUGUACGAACUCGGCGUAGGAGAAGGCUAUCGCGACCCCGACGCACUAAAACGCCGAUUCUUCACGCUGCCUACUCUCGACGAAGAAAGCGGCAGCAAGCAAACUUCCCACGCCCCACUCAGCGCCCUCCGCAUUGACAUCAACGUAAAAUGGAUGAAUGCCGCACAUGAGCUCCUAGACGCCGUGCUGAACUGCAGCACAGACAUGAUGCGUAAACUCCCGAAUCUCAUAUACACCCGAUUCGGGACGGCAGUAACAUCGCUGCUGAAGAUACAUUUCUCCGUGCGAACCAGUACGCUCGGGGAAGUAGUUACGCCGCAAACAGUGAACGUGGCGUACUACCUCGACGCCCUAGCAAACAAACUAGACGAGGCAAGCGGCGGGGGCAAAUACAAGAUCCCCGCGCGGUGGUACCUAGUCAUUGCCGUUAAGGGCCGAGAUUGGUAUGACCGACUGGAAAGGCAACAGAGCGAGACAACCGACGCAAGCUCGCGCACAGGAGUCGGAGUUAAAUCCGCAAGUUCGUCCACAUGCACCGCAGAAUCAAUAUCAGGAACAGCAUCGGGCCCAGCAUCCCUGCCCUCCCAGGGUCAAAGCCAGGACACACAUAUGGAUCAAACGCCCACAUCAACAAUGGACUCAUUCUCGGUCUCCAUGGCCCCAAUCCCACAGGGAAUCGACAACAUGCGUGACGGGUACGGAGCAAUGAAUGGAGCAAACAUAUGGCCCAUGGAUGGCGGCCACGGCCAUGGUCAUAGUCCGCAUUUCUUCGCCAUGGACGCAGCAAGGUAUCAGUCUUCUCCGGUACAUCCGUUGGCGACAUUACCAUCCCAAUUUGCGUAUGGGCCGCAGAGGAUGCCAGCUGGUGGUGGACGACAGAUGGCGGGUGCGGGCGUGGAGCUGGAUGGGUGGCUCCCUAAUGGGAGCAUUUUUGGAAUGCAGCAAUUGCCUGAGUUCUGA